AUGACAUCUCGAUCGACCUAUUCCACAGUAGUGCUAGCUGAGCGACCGAAAGGCCAAAUUAUACCUGGCCAGACUUUUAAAAUAGUUGAAAAACCAAUGCUCACGUCUGAGGACAUACCGGACGGUCAUCUCCUCGUCGAGACGCUGUAUCUCUCUCUCGAUCCGGCAAUGAGAGGAUGGUUAAGCGAUACGCGCUCCUAUGUCCCUCCUGUUGGAUUGAAUGAGGUCAUGCGUGGCUAUGGCAUCGCUCGUGUCAUUAAUUCUCCCGGCUCAUACUUUAAAUUCGGCGACUAUGUAGCCUGUUCCCCAGGGUGGACCGAGAUGGCCAUUCUCCCCGAGUCUGCAGUCGUUCCUAUCAAUAAAUUUCCGAAAGGUCGGCUUACAGACGCUUUGGGAGUCUUGGGGCUUACAGGUCUGACGGCUUAUUUUGGCAUCACGGAGAUCGGCAAAGUCAAGGCGGGCGAUUUUGUGGUGGUCAGUGGCGCUGCUGGAGCAACCGGCAGCGUCGUUUGUCAGAUCGCAAAAAUUAAGGGUGCUCGUGUUUUAGGAAUUGCUGGCAGUGAAGAGAAGGUCAAGUGGCUUAAAGAGCUUGGGUGUGAUGCAGCACUCAACUACAAGGCUGUAGAUUUUGCAAAGAGCUUCAUGGAAGAGACAAAAGAUUUGAUUGAUAUCUUCUAUGAUAAUGUGGGUGGUGACCUACUAGAGAUGGCACUUACGCAGGCCAAACCUCAUGCUAGGUUUGUGAUGUGUGGUGCAAUCAGUCAGUACAACACAACCAAUUCGGUUGGGCCACGAAAUUUGUUUAUGGUUAUAGCAAUGCGUAUCCGAAUGCAAGGUUUCAUUGUUACGGACUUUACCAAACAGUUCGAUGUGGCGCGCGAGGAGCUUGGGCAGUGGCUCACCGAAGGUAAAUUGCAACGCAGGGAGACAAUGAUUACGGGAGGUUUGAAGAUGGCAGAGCACGCAUUAUGCGAUUUGUUUCGAGGAGUUAACACUGGAAAACUACUCGUGGAAGUUAAGCAUGAUAAUAGUAGUCACGCGACUAGAAUAUAG